AUGUCCCAAAUCAGGCCAUCACGCCCACGGUCACGGGAUGACUUCAAUAUUGCUAUUAUCUGCGCUCUUACCCUCGAGGCUGACGCUGUUCUCAGUCAGUUCGACCAUCACUGGGAUGACGAUGAUAGCGGUGUAUCUUUUGGGAAAGCUCGCGGAGACCCUAAUGCGUACUCGACCGGCGUCUUGGGGCAACAUAAUAUCGUUCUCGCACAUCUUCCUGGUGUGGGCAAGGUUGCAGCAGGAACUAUUGCAGCCUUCUGUCGUAUUAGCUACCCAAACAUCAGCCUGGCGCUUGUUGUGGGCAUUUGCGGCGGUGCACCAUUUUAUGGAACUAAGGAAGAGGAGAUCUUGCUUGGAGAUGUGAUUAUUAGCACUGGCGUAGUGCAAUAUGACAUCGGCCAGCGUUUUCCUAACAACUUCAAGACUAAAGAUACCUUGGAGGAGAGUCUCGGAAGACCAGGUCUAGAUAUCAGAAACCUCCUAUCAAAGCUCAAGACCAAAAGACAUCAGGGCAAGCUACAGACCGCAACUCGUGGCUAUCUUGAUCUGGCAUUGCGGGAAGCAGAGCCAGGUGAUUAUCCUGAGCGAUCGCAAGAUAUCCUCUUUCCAGCCGCUUAUCGCCACAAACACCACGAACCUUCGACAUGCGCUAUCUGUGAUGCUUGCAACGGAAGCUCAGGCCCUGUUUGCGAGAUAGCUCUCAAAUCUAGUUGCAAAGAGCUCAAAUGCGCUCUCAACCAACGUGUCGUACGAAGUCGAGUCGGAGAAGUUAAAAAAGACAACACCAGGGAAACUUCCUUGCUUUCCAUUCACUUCGGGAUAUUCGCCUCGGCUGAUACGGUCAUGAAGUCAGGAGAGGAUCGUGAUCAUCUUACGACUAGUAAAGAUACUAUAGGCUUUGAAAUGGAAAGCGCUGGAGUCUGGGAUGUCUUUCCUUGUAUUAUCAUUAAGAGCGUGUCUGACUAUGCAGACAGCCAUAAGAAUGAUAAUUGGCAAGGCUAUGCUGCUGCUUCAGCGGCAGCCUGUACUAAAGCAUUUCUUGAAUAUUGGGAUUCAGCAAGAGAUGGGCCCGAAACAGAGGAAAAGCUAAAAGAUCAAUUCGCUGAAAGCCUCUACUUCCCGGAGAUAAACAGCAGAAAAAACAACCUGAACCCUGAAGCUCCGUCCACGUUUCAAUGGAUCUUUGAUGGCAACCGUAGUGGUACCCACAAACGGUCAAGUACGGCCGAUCACAAAGAUCUGAAGAAAAGUCCAGUCAGAGAGGCCGAAAUGAUUUGGUUCACCGAGGACGGUCGACCUUUCUUCAGAGAUUGCGACUCAAAGGAUGAAGAUUCUGACUCAAAGGAUGAGGAUUCUGACUCAAGGGAUAAUAGCAAGUUUGCAGGCCUAUCACAUUCAGAAGCCAAGUGGGAUAGCUUCACAGACUGGCUCCUUUCCGGUACUCCCAUCUAUUGGAUUAGUGGAAACCCCGGUUCCGGGAAGAGUACCCUUAUGAAAUAUCUAUCAGAACACACCAGAACUUCUGAACACUUGGUCAGGUGGCAAAAAAGUACUGUUCUUUUGUCGCACUUCUUUUGGAAACCAGGAACUCAAAUGCAGCAAUCAUUCAAAGGACUACUAUGUUCUUUGCUAUACGAUCUACACUCUAAGGAUCCUGAAGUCUUUGAUAUUGCCCGCGAUGUGUUUACGAAAACUCGGCGACUGUCGACCUCCGACUGGAACGAAAACGACCUUCGACGUAUUCUCCUCGACUAUUGCAAGAAAUCAACAAAACCUGUUUGUAUCUUUGUUGACGGCCUCGAUGAAGCCUUUCUAGGGAAAGAUAUGCUGGAUGUUGUACAAUUCCUGAAACUGUUGGCUUCUUCUGGUUCCUAUGUGAAAGUGUGUGUCUCAAGCCGGCCGGAGCGUCUUUUCCGGUUACAUUUUGAAACCUAUCCUAAUCUCAGGAUGCAUGACUUGACAAAGCUUGACAUAGCUAAAUAUUCAGAGCAUACCAUGGGCGAGUCAACCCUGCUGGACCCUGGCGACCAAGAAAUUUCCGAUCUAGCCCUCGAAAUAGCAAAGUCCUCGAACGGAAUUUUUCUAUGGGCUGUGCUGGCCACACAAUCCUUGAUUCGGGGCAUAAAUAACGGAGAUUCAACAGAGCAAAUCUCAGAACGAUUGCAGUCAAUGCCUCAAGAUUUGAUGGAUUUGUAUCGUGAUAUUCUAUCACGAUCAGUCAUGGACCGCCCCAUAUAUCAACAACACAUUGCUUUGAUACUGAACUUGGUCUUGGAUAGUUCCUGGUCUCAAUGGUAUCCCAUGACCACCUUGAUGCUCACCAUGUCUAUGGAUUCCGAGCUUCUGGAAAGCUAUGUGGUCCGAGGUGAUGCAAUGCAACUGUCGGAGCUGGAGAUGAAAGUCAAGCGCACGAAAGAUAUUGUGGAAACGGCAUUACUCGGAAUUCUGGAAGUUAAGUACCGUCGGAGGAAGCUUGAAGGAGUAGUGUUUCUUCAUCGAUCUGCCGAAGACUUCUUGCUCGACACCGUAGAAGGUCGGAACCUCUGGCAGCUUUGCGAUAUUCCCCAGGAAGAGCUCUGGGAACGACAUUUCAAGUCAUUGAUAGCUGAUGGACGCCUUCACUCUGAGCAACCCUCUGCUAAUCUCACAAAGGGGGUUACCAUCCGAGGCUUACUGACUUACAUAAACCGUUGGGAGGAAGAAGAAGAUAUCCCUCAUGAUAUCAUUAUUUCCUUCUUUGAACUCGCACGAGUGUCGUUCCUACGCGGAUAUCUGCGCCAUUCAAGGAUAGAGGUUGUUGAUUUAAAUCCGCAGUGCACCAAAAGUCAAUUCCUAUCACAUGUGGCUUAUGGAGAGACCAUCAAAUAUGUUGAUCAUGUUCUUGACGAAUAUGGAGACAGCACAGGAGAGAGCAUGUACUGCCUCCUCUUUAAUCUCUGCGAACUUCCAACGCCUCAAGUCAGGGAAGGAGAAAUGCCACUCAUUCGACGCAUAUUGGAAAUGGGAUAUAGCCCUAACUGGAGUGCAAUCAACACCCCUACGAUGACUGGAAAUCGGCUCCUGGCAAGCCCUUGGUCCAAUUUUCUUAUCACUCUUCUGGACAGGCCUUGGAGAUUCUUUCGAGAUAGAGAAAAGUCAGAGCUAGGACCUUUGUUUUCAGGUGCCAUUCAAAUGUUCCUUCAAGCAGGUGCUAGUUUGGAGUCAAGGUUCCCUGUUGUGGUCCGAGUGGAAAGUUUUAGGAAUUCCAAGAUAAGAUUUGGUUUGGCAAAUCAACACACUUCUCGGGUAGAACUCUUCCUUCCUCAGUACAUCGUCUUCGAGAUGAACGCAAAAGCAGCCGUUGAUCUUCUUAUGGAGUAUUACCAUCUUUCAGAACCAAAAGCCGGCCCUAUUACUCAACCAGCCUUCUCUCAUACAAAGCCUUACAUAAAGGCGCUGGCGUUUACUAACAGAAGGGAUCUUUUGUUUUAUCAUGUCGAGGAUGAGGCUAUUUCGCAGCAACUUGUAACAAUUCUCCAGAAGUUGACUUUGAUGAACCUUACGGAUGAAGCCAGGCGCAAUCAGUUUUCAACAGCAGCUCUUUUCCAACGGUUUAUGGCUGCACUAGAGCCAUUUUGCCGCCUCGCAACAGACGGAUAUUACUGGCGUGGUGUUCAAGUUAAAGUAACUGAUAGGGAAAUGUAG